UCGCCUUAUUAUAGAAGACGAACGAGUUAUGCGAUUAUUUAGAAUCAAAUCUAAAAAACAUGACGACAAAGGCUUUAUUCAUAUCUGUAAUAGUAGUUAUUGCAACAGCAUUGUGCAUUUUGUUUAUUAUUAUUACAACUUCAUCAAAUAGCGACGAUAAAUCGCAUGGGGACCAACAGAUAAAGGCGAGUGGAUCGAAUAGUGAACCAGGCACAGUUGAAACUAAUCCAAAUAGCGGCGAUAAAUCGCAUGGGGACCAACCAACAAAGGAGAAUGGAUCGAAUAGUGAACCAGGCACAGUUGAAACUAAUUUAAAUAGCGGCGAUAAAUCGCGUGAGGACCCACCAGCGGUGGUAGAAAAAUUGAUGAUUGAUCAAAAUGUAGGUGAAAAAUAUAAAACACUGGCGACCGAGUAUUCCAAUAACAUAGCGACAGCAUUCCAAAAUAAAUUCAUGGAAACUGAAGACGGGGUGUUGAGACCAAAUACUUCAGAACUCAGUAAUUUUGGAAUCAAAUUGUUAUCAAUGUAUCAAUUAGACAAUAAAAAGACCGAGUAUUUAACGAUCGUUGAAGAUGUGAUAAAAAAAAUGGAAGAAAAACUAAAGAGUUUAGGCAGCAUGAACAAAAUCCCUUGGAAGGAUAAUUGGUAUGCUUUGUCCAUCACAUAUCCUCGUAUGCUCGCGAUGUACGAGUACAUGGGAAACAAUAAAGAGAUUAAGAGAAUUUGCCACGACAGAAUUGUAAAAUUAGUGCCCAAAUUAAAUAAAUCAUUAGGCCAUGAACGAUUUGGUCAUCACAUUGUCCUUAUGGGGAUUCCACGUUUAUUAACGAAUAAAUUGAACGAACCUUCUCAAUACGAAAGAGAUAUAGCAUCACCGGAAUUCAAAACUCUUCAAAAAGAGUUGAAUAAAGAGUUCAAUACAGGUACUGGGGUACAAAACGGUAUUUAUCAAGACUAUUCGUGUAUUCAUGAUAACGACGUCGCGACAUUUUCAGCGAUACUCGCACUGGGAGGGUUUUGUGUUGAUAUGUACACUUGGCUCGGUUAUGAAUCGACACUCGUGGAUUCUGUGAAGAAAAUAUUAGACAAAACGAUCCAUCCGAAUUUGGAUUUUAUAGCCUACGGUCUGUUUGGCCGGGAACCAAACAUAACUUGUAAGGAAGUUUUAGAUACGCAUUGGCCAAAUUACAUAAGAAAUAAAAAUUUUGAUGUAAAUAUAUUUCCUUUCAUUGGUCUCGGCGUAUUCAAAUCAAAAGAUUUCAUAUUUUCGAUACGCGUUCAACGUGACAAUAUUGCUGCCUACGAAUUUGAUAUGUCGUAUCAGGAAUACGCUCUUGGAUGGAUUCAAAUGCGUAAGUUAUAUCUCGUGGGAGUUGAUUAUAGUUCAUAUGAAAGUAAAAUGGAGUGGAAGGAUCUAAAACUACAACCGGGCGUAAUUUCAUUUGCUGAUGAUAAUGAUAAUAAAUUCAAUGAAUUUUAUACUGAAGAUCCUAAGACUGUUAUCUCACGUUCAUGUCAAAACAUUGAAUCAUAUAUUGGACAUUUGAAAUCUCCUAGUGACAAGAAACUACUGUACUGGUUCAAUAAAUAUAAAUUUGAAUAUUUCUAUGGAAAAGAUGUUGUAAUUUCGGAAAUCGGUGUUUGUACAGACAACGGUUUAGUUAUGCGUUAUGAAAUUAAGAACAAUUCUGGUAAGACAUUGAAAUUGAUAUCAAAAGACAAAGAUAUUGGUGAGAAAAUGCAUUUUAAAGCUUCUAAUGAUCCCGGUACAGAAACUUCUAUCCCUAGCAGCAAAGAACCGGUAACAGUUAAUUGGUAUCAGCUAUUUAAAGAAAACAUUGAGCCUACAACAGUUAAUUGGAAUGAUGCAUCGAAUUUCAUGUCAUUCACCUUUGAAGGCGACACUUAUUCAAUUGAACAGCCUGCGAAAUAUCAUAUUGUCAAAUGCAAUGGUACAAUAAUACUCGCGGGUAAUCAUCACAGUUUUCGUAAAGACACUAUAACUCAUCGUGAUACGAGUGGUAAAACCAUAACAUUCGAAAGAGAUCCUAAUACACUUAUGUUUCUACCUCAGAAAAAUUAAUUAAUGAUAAAUUUAUAUGAACAUUUAAGAGAUUGAUUACAAAUAAAAUUUUUUUCGCCGAUUUGGUGGAGCCCAAAUUUGAAGAUAUCAAGCA